AUGGAAUCGUUAGAAGAAGACAGAUAUAAACGAUUGACGGCAGUAAGAGCGAAACUACAAUCAAGUCUCGCGGCUAAAAUUCAAUUCCAAUUUAAGCUCGCAAGAAAAUCGUUCUACGAAUAUGGCAACAAAUGUGGCAAAAUGCUCGCUAGAGCCUUGCACGCCAAAAGACAGAAAAGCUUUGUACAAGCCAUCAACCUCGGAAGUGAGUGCUAUCGGACCCCCAAGACAAUUGCAGAAGCCUUCCGGGCAUAUUACGCAGCACUAUAUCCGUUACCACCCGGCGGAGGAUGGACACCUUACAGGAAAGACGCGUGGAAUAUGUGA